AUGACGAAUCUUUUCUCCAUGAGCGACGAAGCGAUCAAGCAGAAGCUUUGUGACUGUACUCAUGCUAACACCGAGACGACGACGUUGGACGUCGAUUCUCUUUACGUUAUUGUUAAAACCAUCCUUAAUCAUUCAACUCAAAUUGCUGAAGAAGUUAUACUGCAGAAUUACCCAGCACAGUUGGCAAUGAUAGAGGAGAAGAUCCCCAAACCCGACUUCAGCGUACCCUUGUGCGAGCUUAAGCAGAUAGCCUGCGAGCUCUCAUGCCGAGAGGCUCUCACAGGGGAAAUGACAGACAAAACAACGUUGUCAAUCCUUGUAAAGCUGUCAAACUAUCCUUGGUCGGCAAAGGCAGUGUUGACACUGGCUGCAUUUGCAAUGGAAUUCGCAGAUUUCUUUCUCAUCGCCAUGCUUCACAAAUCUGUCGAUCAACAACUUGCCAAAUCAUUGGGAACCCUAAAAAGGGUGCUUACCAAGCACUCGGAGCUGCAGAAACGCCGGCGCGCAAUCGUCGAUCUUAACGUUCUGAUUAAACUAUUACUGCAAGUGAUGGAAACAAUGUUUGAGUGGGAGAAGCUUUCUGCUUAUGAUCCAAAAGGGAAACCAGUUGUGUCAAAAACUGUGGUUGCAUAUUGGAUUGUCAUGACUGUUGUAACUUGUGCGACCAAGGUCACUAUACUUGCUUCUGAUGAGGACAAGGCAUUUGAUGUUUCAGCUUAUACUAAUAAGCUUAGAGACAUCGACACUAAAUUAAAGGAACAGCUGAAAGCUUACAGGUUGAAAAAAGAAGAGGAGGAUGAUUAUCGGAAGGUAAUGAGUGUUCUCAAAGAUCCUUCGAACAUCGUGGAGGUUAUAAAGAUCCUAUUUUCCACAGAGGUUCUAAUUCAUGGUUCUACCGAGCAAGAGAUUGAUGUGCUGAGCAAGAAGCAUGUUCUACUGUUGAUAUCGCGCCUAGAAACCAUUGACCUUAAGAUAUCGAUGAAUGAUGAGAACUACAAGAUCGUUUGGGUCCCAAUUGUGGAGGAGUGGACUGAUGAGCUUAAAUCUUCAUUCGUGACCCUUUCCAAGAAGAUGCCUUAUCACAUAAUAAAGCUGGAUACGGUUACAGCCGGUGUCACGUUCAUAAAAAAGGAGUGGGACUUCAAAGGCCAGCCAAUGGUGGUUGUGAUGAACCCACAAGGGAAGGUCGAAAACCAUAACGCCUUUCACCUCAUCCGCACAUGGGGAAUGAAGGCCUUUCCUUUUCGUCGGGACGAUGAAAAGAAAGUGUCAAGUGAGGUCAACUGGAUUGAUCCUGUAAUGAAUGAAUUUCCAGCCGCAAAACAAUUGAUGGGGGACGAAGAAAACUACAUUUUCUUCUACGGAGGCAAGACCAAGCUACAGAAGUGGAACGAAGAGUUUAAGAACAAAUUAGAAAAAAUUGUACAGGAUUCCAUCAUCAAGAACAAAAACAUCACCAUCAAAUGGCUCGACUUGGGAACCCCCGAAGAAGCCAAAACGUUUUGGAGCCGCUUGCAGAGCAUGUUCAUGCUCAAGCUCAACCAAGAGGAGACCGAUCCCGCCAGCACUCGAGAGAUCCAAAAGCUGUUUUCCAACCAGAAAGGAGACGACGGAUGGGCCGUUCUCACCAAAGGGUCGGUCGCGAAGAUCGCCGGAGAUGGUUCGACGUUCCUGAAGGUCUUGGAGAAAUUCGACGAGUGGAAGGAGAACGUGGAAAAGAAUAAGGCCUUCGAAGUGGCCUUCAAAGACUAUUAUAGCAAGAUUAUGGAGCAAACCUCGCAUUGCUGCCGACUUGACAUACCGAUUGUGGCUGGGAAAGCGCCGGAGCACAUGAAGUGCGCCGAAUGCGAGAGUCCCAUGGAGAUGUUCAUCACUUACAAGUGCUGCAAGGGUGACUAA